AUUAGUAUUUAUAUAUUUUGUUAGUUAGAAAUAAUAAAAAAAAUAAAAAUGGGGAAAGCUGGUGGUAGGAAGAAGAAAGGCAGCAGUAAUAGUAAUGUUGUUAGCCAAAACCAAAGUCAAGGUCAAGGUCAAAGUCAAAACCCUAGUCAAACUGAGAGUAAUGUUAACACGAAACCGAUGUCGAAUGGUGGUGGGGUGGAUUUGGAUGCAACCCUUUUCUUGAAAAGAGCUCUUGAUCUUAAAGAAGAAGGAAAUAAGAGGUUUCAAAGUAAGGAUUUUGCGGGUGCGCUUGAACAAUAUGAAAAUGCGCUUAAGUUGACUCCGAAAGGUCACCCUGACCGAGCGGUGUAUCAUAGUAACCGUGCGGCUUGUUUGAUGCAAAUGAAGCCGAUAGAUUAUAAGAUGGUGAUAUCUGAGUGUUCUAUGGCGUUGCAAGUUCAGCCUAGGUUUGUUAGGGCUUUGCUUCGUAGGGCUAAGGCUUUCGAGGCUGUUGGGAAGUAUGAAAUGGCUAUGUUAGAUGUGCAGACUCUUUUAAGUGUAGAACCGAGUCACAGGGAUGCUUUAGAAAUUGCUAGGAGGUUGCGAGCGCCUAUUAAUGGGGCUCGUCAGGAUGUGCAGCAGGACCUUCAGAGUCGCCCUUCGCCUGCGGCUCUUGGGGCUUCUGCUAUACGUGGAGCCCCGAUUUCUGGACUUGGACCUUGUUUGCCACCCCGUCCUGUUCCUAAGAAGACUGGAGUUUCUGGGUCGGUUAAUGUUGGAAAUAAUAAGGUGGAAAAGACGUAUCCUGUUCCGCCUGUUGAAACUGACCAUGAGGUUAAAACUAGCCAAAUGCCUAAACUAGUUUUGAAGCCUUCAGGCGGGUCUUCUAAUAAAUCUAGUGUUAAUGCUAACAAGGAUAACCAGACUGAAAAGGUGGUAUCUUUAAAACCGCCCGCACCACAGGUUGUAAUUCAAUGGAGAUCUUUGAAACUCGUGUAUGAUCACGACAUAAGGCUUGCACAAAUGCCAGUGAACUGCAGCUUUGCGGUGUUGAGAGAGAUUGUAAGCAAAAGGUAUCCGUCUUCCAAGUCAGUCCUGAUAAAAUACAAAGAUGAUGAUGGGGAUUUGGUGACCAUAACUUGUACUCGUGAACUCAGACUGGCUGAAUCUAUUGCAGACAACCUUGUUCUUCCAGAGAAAGAAUCUGAUAUAGAAAAGUUCGACUUGAUUGGGAUGUUGAAGUUGCAUAUUGUUGAGGUUAGUCCAGAACAAGAGCCACCAUUGUUGGAGGAAGUUGAGGAGGUAGAAGAAGAGAAACCUGUUGAGAUCGAGCCGAUUGAAGCAGAAAAUAGUGAGACCCAUACCCAUACAGAACCUGAUAAAGAUCAGAAGAUAGAAAAAGAAGCUGAUGCAACAGAAAAGCCAGCAUCAUCUGAAGAACCCGAGUUGAAAGAGGUGGAAAUGGACGAUUGGCUAUUUGAAUUUGCUCAGUUAUUCCGGACCCAUGUAGGGAUUGACCCAGAUGCCCAUAUUGACCUACAUGAGCUUGGAAUGGAAAUGUGCUCUGAAGCACUUGAAGAAACCGUCACUAGUGAAGAAGCUCAGAUUCUCUUUGAUAAGGCUGCCUCAAAGUUUCAAGAAGUUGCAGCUUUGGCUUUUUUCAAUUGGGGGAAUGUUCAUAUGUGUGCUGCCCGUAAACGUAUCCCUAUAGAUGACUCGGGUGAUAAAGAGAUGGUGGCAACCCGGCUUCAAGGAGCAUAUGAUUGGGUGAAAGAUAAAUACACAUUAGCAAGAGAGAAAUACGAAGAGGCACUGUUGAUAAAACCAGACUUUUAUGAAGGAUUACUAGCAUUAGGCCAACAGCAAUUUGAAAUGGCGAAACUUUAUUGGUCGUUUGUUGUUGCCAAAAAAGAUGACUUGUCAAAGUGGGAUCCAACAGAAACAAUACAGCUUUUCGACAGUGCUGAACAGAAGAUGAAAUCCGCAACCGAGAUGUGGGAAAAGCUAGAGGAACAACGAGCUAAAGAUGCAAAAGAUCCUAAUGUCAGUAAAAAAGAAGAAUUAUCGAAGAAAAAGUCAAAGGUCAAUAGUGAUGUUUCAGCUGAUGAGGCAGCAGAACAAGCAGCUGUUAUGAGAUCUCAAAUACAUCUGUUUUGGGGUAAUAUGUUGUUUGAAAGAUCUCAAGUCGAGUGCAAGUUGGGUUUGACGGGCUGGAAGCAAAACUUGGACACAGCGGUUGAACGGUUCAAGCUUGCUGGUGCGUCAGAGGUUGACAUAUCAACGGUCUUGAAGAACCAUUGCUCUAACGCGGAAGCUGCAGAAGGUGAUGACAAAAAGAUUAAAGAUGCAAGUCCAGAUGCGGUAAACAAAGAUGAUAAUGGCGAUCAAUCUUGAUAAGGUAUGACAUUUUUCUUUUUUGAGUUCCCUAAUGCAACAAUUUUCGCGUGCUUGUAAUAUUAGAUUUGAGGAAGGGUUUACGGAAGAAAGAUCUGGUGUCAUAAUGUUUCAUUCUUUGGAUCAUAAGUUUUUGGUGAUGCUAAUUUUUUCACCUAAAACAUCUUUUAGUGACAAGAUGUUCAGGCCUGCAUUGUGUUUGGUGUUUGGUGUUUGUUUUCCUUGUUUUUUUCUUUCCUUUUUCUAUUUUAUUAUAUACUUGACAUUUUGAGGUAAUGUUUGGGCCUUGUGGGACUAUAAUAUUAUAAUCCGUGUGCAAAUUAAGCUAUCUGCAUGUUUGUAUGGUUUA